CGGAAGUUGCACUUCGUCCUCAAUGUUGACAGCUGCUAGGCAAUGCAUUUUUAACGUGGUUUCAUUUUACGGAACAUAAAUUCAAAAUGCAGAAUUGUUACAGUUCAAAUCGUAUUCCAAGGGAAAACAUGCAUGAUCAGGAUGAGAGACUCACGAAGAAACACAUCGAAACCCUCGGCUUUGUGAAAGAAAUAGCAGAAGAGAAUAAAUUGCUGAAGCAGAAAAUUGAAGACUAUGAGCUGAAGACUUUAAAAUGUGCCGAGUUACAUGCUUUGGCCGAGGAAAGUCAGGAACGGAUAAAAAAGAUACAGGAACAAUACCUGAAGAGAGCUGACGAGAUCAAUGCCAUGAUGGCAGAGAAACACAAGAAUGAGAUGAUGUUUGCAAUUGAAGAAAAAUUAGAGAUGGAGAAGAGGAAUAAUGAAGAAAUAGCAAAACUGAAAGCACGGAUUCAAGAAUUGGAGAAAACAAACAGAGAACUUCUUAGUAAACUGAACAAAUUUUCCGAUUCUGAUGAAAAAGUGAACAUCCUACAAAUGAAACUGGAUCAAGAAUCAAUGGUAUCUAGAGAGCUGCGAACUGAAAAUGAAACUCUGAAAGAAGCAAUUGAGGCGUUGGAACAGAAGAACUAUCAUCUUAUAAAUCAAAGUGAAACGGAGCAGUUAGCCAGGAAAAAUAGAGAACUGAAACAAGAAAUUCAAGAAUUAGUGCAAAAGAAUACAGAAUUAAACUACCGUGUUAAAAGUCUGGAGCGAGAGGUUGGUGAAAACAAGAUGGAGGAAGACAAAGUCAAACUCAUUGAAAACCUUAAAAUCAAAAUCAAUCAAAUGCAGGCAGAGAGAGGGAUUGCCAGUGAAAGAGAAAGGAAUUAUGAAAAAGUGAUCAAACAACUCCGAAACGAAGUGGAGACUUCCAAAGAGCAAUUGGUUCAGACGGCAUUGUCGAAGCAAAAACUGUACGAGGAAUAUCAGAAAGUGUGGAAGGAAUUAGAAAAAUUAAGAAAACAGUACGCAGCUGAUAGCCAGCAGAAGUCGUUCAAGGAUUUCGUUCAGCUGAAGAGGGAACUGAAUACAGUGAAGCACGAAAAUGACGAUUUACGACAAAAAGCAAAAGGGUCCAGCAGUCUACCAACUCUUAAGGACGACAUAAGUAAAAGUAACGGACAACGACCGCCUUCACUAAAAGCAUUGACAAAUGGACGGAAGUGAUUAAUAUUCCAAAAAAAAUUUUAAUUAUUGCGUUAUUCUGAUUACAGUAAAAUUAUUGAUAUUUUGGGGGGCCCAAUUUCCAUGGAUUUAAUUUGUGGCUAUAUACCUUACAACUAUUACCCAUGAUUCAAUAUUCUCAACAAAUUAUGAAACAAAGUUUGUGUAUAUUACUAGUAUAUACCGAAGGAAAUCGAUGAAAUAGCAUUUAAUCCCAAUCAACCUUUAAUAUAUUGAAAGUCUGCCUCAAUGAAUUUAAAUGAUUCCAAAAGUAAUCUAUAUAUGGUAUAUUAAAAAUUUUAGGCAUCUGAGAUAUUAUCUGAAAUUUACUUCCCCUGUAAUAAUUUGGCAACAUGUAAGUGUCAAGGCAAAUUAAAAUUUUUGGCUUUUAAUUAAACAAAUGAUCAUAAAGCGAAAACAUGUAAUAAUAAAAACGGAAAUUAGUCAAUAUAUGUACUUGUAUGGUAUUAUGAAAAUUUAUACUCGGGGUGUCUCUGGUACGUUUUUCAUAGACUUCUGCAUCUUUUUGAAUACUGAAUAUUUAAACCUUGCAUCUCUUAAAGAAGGGUAAUCGUGAGAGUUGCAUGUGCAUGGUUAGAUCGAAAACAUUUUGACAUUUGAUACAAUUAAUAAAUAGGGAGCAAUUUUCAUAUUCACCAAUUAACAGGUUCACUUCCUGCUGUAGUCUCAGGGUACAUGUAGGUACUGAGAUAAAUAAAUGAACUUGAGGUACUCAAAAACAACAUCUAAUUAGUCUGAUCAAGUGUUAAUUACUGUUUGAUAUCAUUCAUAACAUAUUUAUUUGAGAUUGUUUCUAUAAGAAAGAGUACUCUUUAAUUCAACUGAAAUAGGACUUGCUUGUUAAUUAAAUCACUCACGCUCCUCUAAGACACGUUGUACUAGAUGUAACAACAUCAGGUACAUGCAGAGUCUUGUACCUCAGGGUGACCUUUCAAUAGAGUAAUAUUAUACAUUGUUAUACUUUCAUGUUAAAUACUGACAUCUGAUUGGUUAAGACGCAGUUCAUAAUUCUUUCUUUAACCCUCAGCGUUAGCAACGCACUUAGCUACGGGUAACAUUAAAAAUUGUUACAUGCGCGAAAAUUAUGCGCGUACGGUUCGCUGUGGAAUUCACGUUAUUCCAUUAUAAAAGCAGUAACAUUUUCUUAAAAAUUAAGACAUUCAGUAUAACAAAAUAAAUAGU